AUGUAUCAGUUUAGGAAUGCCAAUGCAGACUCUGCAGCCACUUGCCAGAAACUGAAGGGAGAUCUGCAGGCUGUGUUCAAUGUUCUUCCGAAAGAUAUGCAGCAGCUUCUGCUAAUGAACCCUCAGAGGGCAGCUCUUCUACAAGGAAGUCAUGAAUGNAUGAUCACAACACUAAUCUUUGUGGUUUGA